AGUGUGUGAGUGAGGAUGCUGAGGGGCGUAGCAGUGCUGUGCCCCUCAUGGUCAGCGCUCAGGAAUUAAAAUGCAUGCUUCUCAUUGCCUGGGAGCGAGGAAAGGUGGACCCAUACGCCAGCAAACUGUUCCCAGCCAUCCUCCUGCUUCGCGGAAAAAAAUGAAACCAAAACGCAUGGAUGUUCUUGUUCCAGGAGGAGAGUAGCGGACCUCCUCCCGGUCUUUUAAUAUUCAAACAAGCAGCGGUGCGGGGCUGCCAGUUUGGAGCUUGUUUUCCCCUUAAAUUGGACCCUUCAAGCUGUGGCAGGGCUCAUUUGCUCGCUCUUUCGCUCUCCGUGGAAGCGCCGCUGCCUCCGCGCUGCAGCGCAAAUAACGGGACUUCACUGGCAGCUCGAGAUUGACUUUAGGUGGAUCAUUAAAGAACGGAUGACACAUCAGUCACUGACCUCGCAGAGUCAACAUCUGAGCGCUCAGCAAAAGUGACUAAAUCUGAUUAACCAGGAGCCAUCAAGCUGACAGAACCACACAGCGGAUUUGCAAAGAAGCCACAUUGAUGGGUUCCAUUAAGGACAUUUAUGAACCAAAUCCUGAGGCGUCUGGAAACUAAGAACAACAGGAUAUGUUCACUCGACAGCAGCAUUAUAUCUGAGCCACUUGCACCAUGUGGUCAGCAGGGCUGCUCGUUUCCCACACCUUUGGGACUCUAGAUUUAUCCUGAUGCUAUUUCUGUCCGUUGCACUUGCAGAGUUUCCCACCAACAGAUUUUGACUGUGACAACAUGUCUCUACUCAAGCGGAGGAAAAUCAGGACUUUUGCGCUCCUGUUUUGUGUCAUUACAUUUACAACGUUCCUGUUCAGUUACACUUUCCGGGACCCCUCGCUCUACUUCUUCAAGUACGCAUUUCGCCUGUCGGACAACUUCUUCUCCAAAGGGCUCUGCGCCUGUCGACAGUGCAUAGCAGAGCUGGAGGACGACUCGUGGUUCGCUGAGCGCUUCAAUCAGUCCAUCCACCCUCUGAUGACCAGAGAGAACAGCCUCCUCUCCGAUGAGACCUUUAAGUGGUGGCAGUGGUUGCAGUCAGAGAGGCAGCCGGCCAACUUCACUGAAGUUGUGGAGGAGCUGUUCCAAGUCAUCCCUGACGAGGUGCUUUACAUGGACGCCAGCCCCGAGCGCUGCAGGACCUGUGCUGUGGUGGGGAACUCUGGGAACCUCAAGGGCUCCCAUUACGGAGGCCUCAUCGACUCCAGUGAUUUCAUCAUAAGAAUGAACCAGGCUCCCACCAUUGGCUUCGAGGAGGACGUGGGAGGCAGAACCACUCAUCAUGUCAUGUAUCCAGAAAGUGCCAUAGACCUGGACAACACCACCAGUCUGGUCCUGAUCCCUUUCAAAACUCUGGACCUGCAGUGGAUUAUCAGUGCUCUGACCACUGGCACUAUUAAACAAACGUAUUUACCUGUUAUGUCCAGGAUAAAGGCAAACAAAGAUAAGGUGUUGAUUUACAGUCCAACAUUUUUCAAAUAUGUCUACGAAUCGUGGCUUGAGGGUCACGGACGAUAUCCUUCGACCGGCUUCCUCAGCCUGCUGCUCGCUCUUCACAUAUGUGAUGAGGUCAGUGUGUUCGGAUUCGGUGCGGACCAGUAUGGAAACUGGCACCACUACUGGGAGGAGAACCAUCUGGCUGGAGCCUUCCGACACACGGGAGUCCAUGAUGGAGAUUACGAAUAUAAUGUCACCCUGCUGCUGGCGGACAAGCACAAAAUCCGAAUGUUUAAAGGCAGAUAAUAGGAAGCCCGUAUGUGCAGUGGGAUGACCACCAAAUGAACCUCAGCAGCCUUUCAAUGCUUGUUACUGUCCAGUAGAAUGUGUUUUUUUUCAUGGUUUCCAAAGACAUUUUCCCAUGAGCUACUCUAGUCCAUCCUGUUUUCUGCUGUGUGCGUAACAAAUGUUUAACAAAUGUCACUGACAAAUCAGCAGAGGUUUUGUCUCUGUGUCCAGACGCAGACUAGGACAUACCAUCAACACAACACUGCCACUUUGUGUAACCUCUGAGCUCAACUCAAAUGCAUCUGGGACUGAAUGCAGAGGAGGACAAGAGAAGAAGAUGUCUGUCGAGCAUGCUAUACGCAAAAUAUUAUGUAGUAUGUGUAUACGCCAUGUGUUCUUUUAUUUCUGUAGCCAUGGCCACCUUAAGCUUUGUAUGUUAAUGUUCGUGGUUGCAAAAUAAGUGAUCAAAGUGUCAGAACUAAACAGUUGAUGUAGGGACAUGGUGAUGGGGAUUUUGUGCAGAAUUGAUCAUUGUUAGUUAUGCAAAAAGAGCCUCUAGUGGAAGCUUUUUAAACUUCAUAACCAGCAAACAUAAAAGCAUUUUAAAUGUCAUAAUGAACCCCUAUAGACUGCGCUGUAAAUACCAUAUAUAAAUUUCCACAAUAUGGCAGUGGAGGUAUUUUACAUUGUAAUAAAUGUGAGAGAGAAUCAGCUCUUUUUUCAUCACACUGAUCGAUUUUGACAUAAAGUACCCGCACCGCAGAGCUACUUGCAUCCUGCUUGUCUGAUUGCAGCUGUAAAAUAUAGUUCGACGAGGCUGAAGGGACACUUAAAAUCAAGGCCAAAAUCAGCCGCAAACAACAUAUUUUACUACAAUGUGACAUUUAUAGAAUGUCCACAGGGUUGUAGCCAGUUUGGGGUUUUUUUUUUAGAAAUACUGAAGUCAUGAGCCCAAGUUUCCUAACACAUUGUCAUCCCUUCUUAGAAAGUUUCUAUCUCAUCGUAAAGAUAACAUCUCAUUAUUCAGUGAUUAUUUAUUUUGGCCUUAUUUGUGUAUUCACUGAACUUUGUAUUUCCUGUAAAUUUUAUUGCUCACUAUAUGAAGGCUGUUUCAAUGCCAUUAUGCCAGAAGCAAAAUUCAAUCAAACCUUGCUGACCUGAAGUCAGCAAGUGAAUAGUCAGUUUGAAAUAUGAGGUCAGAAAUUCACAUCUUUUGUGUGUCUUUUGUACGUCUUUACCCAAUCAGCUAUCAUGACUCCAGGCAUGGCAACACUUGACUGUUGGUCAGUUGUUGCUACUAUGACCCAGACUGAAAUAUGUCAACAACACACUUUGCAUAUAUAAAAUUCUGUACAGAGAUUUGUGGUCCCAAGAGGAUUUGACAUAUUGACUUUGUUGAUCUCUGAAUUUUCCUCUAAUGCCACAAAUAAAUCAAGCUUUGUGGUUUUGAGUAAAGAACUACUAGAUGGAUUGCCACAAAUUUAUGUAGGUGAACUGUAGCAGCUUUGGUGACCUCUUUAUUUACUGUCUAUCUCAAAAUUAAUGUCCAAUACUUUGGCAUCUGACUUAUUAUCUGCAGAACUAAUUACAUCUCUAUUAGCUGUCUUUUUUAGUUGUGCUCAUUAAAACAUACUAGCAUGCUAACAUGCUAAACUACUGUUUGGUGGUAAAUAUGGUACAAAUUCACUAUGCUGAGCUUCAUCCUAUCAGUAAUGUCACAGUGAACAUUUUGGCAUGUUGACAUUAGCAUUUAGACAUAUUCUGUAUGUAAGAGAUGGACAGAGCCAUUGUGACUUCACCCACUGGUUUGCGUAAUACUGUUUUGUAUCCUCCAGUUUGAAAUUUGGACAUCAUGGUCUUUAGGAAAGGGACAUGAUGAGCGAGUGGAGGAUCGGACAGAACUUAGAGACACUACAUAGGCCUAUAAGGACGUGACCUGUCAAUCACAAGUCAGCCAUUACCUAAAGCCAUUACCUUGUUUUAUCAUUUAUUUUAUUACAACUGAGAACGCAAUUUACAAAAUGAACACCAUCCUGUAUUGAAGGGAAUUUAAAAGCAGGAAUUGAAACCUUAUACUCAUUUGUAAAAUUUUUAAUGAGGUAACAGAUUAAGUGAGAUGUAGGAUCAUUUUCUCAUAGGGUUCUAUAUAAGCUGACUUUUUUGUUUGUUUGUUUUAAACCGGAGGACACGCCCCCUGCUGGCUGUUAGGAAGAAUGCAGGUCUGAGGCAAUUUUGCAUUGAUUUCAGUUUUCAUACUUGGAGACUAUGUGCAUCUUUUAUAUACAGGCAAUUAUCUCAAACCACCUGUUAAAGCCUAAAAUGGACAUAGCUUAUUGGUUGCUAGUACACAGUAUGUAAUGUCAUUGCCCUCUGUGCAGCCAUGAUCACCCAUGUCCUGGUAAACAGGUUACAUUGUACAACUGAACUAAAAGGAAACGUGUUUGAUUACUUCAUUCAUAGUUUCAAUGUUUGAUGCUUGAUGUUUUUCAAAAUCCAUUGGAUCCUGAAGAACUCUACUAGAGAUCUGCAGCAAAGUGUGGAAUGUGAAUUGUGUUAAAACAUGACUGAAAGUUUGUAAUACUAAAGGUGUAACACAAACAGCAGGUUCUUUACCAUUUAUAAUGGACACCUAAUAUAUGAUACAGCCUAAACAGGGGUGCCUUACCAUUCGAAUCAAUGACGUACUGUACAUUUUUGGUGUACAUUGUGACAUACAUUUUUAAAUAAAGGUAGGUGUCAAGUGCCUUUAAUGAGAGUUUUCAAACCUUAAUUUGACCAUCAGAUUAGAGAAAUUUAUGUUAUUGUUGUGUAUACAGUGUAAAUUUUAAGCAUUCAUAUGCAUGUACAUAGAGCCAUCUUAAUAGUACCCAUCUUUAGUAUUUGUCAGUAAGAUGUCAACAUGUUUGCAGUUUUAAAAAGGCUCCUCCAUGUUUUGUCUCAGCUUUAAAUUAUGAGCGGCACUUGCUGAACUUGUUUUAUAUGUGUGAACACUGAACCGAAUGGAUCCCACAAGCACUUAUACUGCUCUCAUUUUCACCCAGAAAUGUCUGAUCUGAAAUGCUGUAGGUAUUUGUUCAGACUCAUCAGGCUUUGAGUUGUUCCAUGUGCCUUGAAACAUGGUGGGGACAUUUGCCUGGUCAGUGUCUUCAUCUGAGAGCAGGUCGAUAAGGCAAAGACAAACCACAACAUGUGUUCAGUUCAAAUUUUGGUCUGCCACCUUGUAUACAUGUUGUACAGCUGUCACAGAAGACAACAGUUUUGUCUGUUUGUUCUUCAGGGAAUACUGUCACCUAGUGGACAAGAACAUGUAUCAGCAUUAAUGUCACUCAAUUUCUACAUUAAAAGAUUGAAGUGAUGACUUUGUGUUGACUGACACUUUUAAAACUGUUUAAUCUGAUUACAAAUGCUGCUACACACCUCUAUCUGAUUUACUAUCUAAAAUCCUGAUUAUUAAAUAGUGAGUUAGCAAUCAAAUAAAUUACACACACAAACACACACUAGCAUAUAUAGUAUAUAUAUAUAUAUAUAUAUAUAUAUAUAUAUAUAUAUAUAUAUAUAUAUAUAUAUAAUUAUUAUUAUUAUUAUUAUUAUUAUUAGAAAACCCUUGUGCAAUGAUGUUAGCACAUGAAAAAGGUAUGAGUUUACAUGGAAAAAAUUAAAUCGAAUGGAAUGGUAGUGCAUAUACACAAACAUACACACGUAUUUUUUGCGUAUUUUCUAUUUUUGUUCAGGUCAGUGACACUGACUUGUGUGGGAGAGAUGGAUGAUGAAAACCUGAAUUAUUCAGUUAUUCUGGACUCCCACAGUGCAGUAAAAUACAACUGGAGCUUUCUUUUUUUUUUUUUUUUUUUUUUUUGCUGAAAUGUGUGAAAAGGACAAGGAGGUUAAUUAUUUAUAAAUAAUACAUUUCAUGAAUUUUGAGUAGGCAGAGUGUAAUUUGGAUCACUAGUAGCUUAUAAAUGGAAAGGUAUCCACAUUGAAAUACUUCAGUCUACAGCGGUGGAGACAAGUUAAAUACAUCCCAGUGCGCGAUUUGGAAAGAAAGGUGUCACAUUCAUUUCAUUGUUUCGACACAGUAAUACAACUGUUUCUUUUUUUUUUUAAAAAUCUGCUUUCAUGUCACAGUAGGAUUCUGUUUGUCUUUGUGGACAUCAGCUCACCUUUAACAUGUAUCUUAUUUCUCUUUUUUUUUUUUAAAUCAGUCAGAAACAAGGUCAGUAAUCAGUCUAAAUCAGUUAGGGAGUAUACAAAUGAAUGCCCUUCUUGAUGUGAUUAUUUGUUUUGUCCACCUUUACAGUGAAUACUUCAUAGUAAUAAAAAAGUGAAUGAAGCAGGUUUCUGAGGUUGCUGUUACUUGUUUCUGCCUAAUUUACAGCAAAACUGUUGCUGCUUUGCUUUCAUAUACGUGCUUUGAAGAAAUAAUCAGUGUUAUUAACAUAAAAACACAAUGUGGUUCUACGAGGAUGUAGAGUUUGAUAUAAAUAAUGAAUGGUAAGCAGGA